AUGAUCAUGAUGGUGAUUAUGAUAAAAAAAACUUCAACUAAAGUUUAUUUACUUGAUUUCGCGUGUUACAAGCCUCCGGACGCUCAAAAGGCCUCAAAGGAGCUUAUUAUGAAGCAAGCAAUACAAAGUGGACACUUCUCAGAAGAACUACUAGUGUUUAUGAAGAAGAUACUCGAAAGAUCCGGGCUUGGUGACUCCACUUACUUAGCGGAGAUCUUCUUUGCCCGAAAAUAUCAUCCGUCAAUGAAAGCCGCAAGAAGGGAAGUGGAGAUGAGCGUCUUUGGAGCAAUAGACAUGGUUCUAGCAAAAACGCGUGUAAGAUGUGAAGACAUUGGGAUAUUGAUUGUGAAUUGUUGUAUCUAUAACACAAUGCCGUCUCUUUCGAGCAUUGUAGUUAACCGGUAUAAGCUUAGAGAUAACAUCAUUACUUACAAUCUUGCUGGGAUGGGAUGUAGUGCGGGACUCCUAGCAAUAGGGCUUGCUAAACAGCUGCUUCACAUUCACCACAACACAUGCGCGUUGAUAGUAAGUACAGAAAGCAUCACGGAAAAUUUGUACCUUGGAAAAGAUUAUUCCAAAUUCCUUAUUAACUGUCUGUUCCGCGUGGGAGGGGCGGCCAUCCUCCUCUCCAACUGCCCCUCCCACGCAGAAAAAUCCAAAUAUCAAUUUCUCCACGCGGUCCACACAAACACAUCAGCUUCCGAUAGCUCCUACAACUCUAUCUUUCGGGAAGAAGAUAGUAGUGGGAUAGUCGGCAUCACAAUCAACAAAGACCUUCUCACCGCUGCCAUAGCGACCAUCCGACCAAACCUAACCACGCUAGGCCACCUCAUCCUUCCGACAAAGGAGAAACUCAUGUACAUCAUAAACUACAUUGUCAAAAAGUCUUACAUGCCAAACUACAACAACGCGGUGGAACACUUCAUCCCUCACGUGGGCGGGAGGCCCGUGCUGGACCAACUACAGAAAACCCUAGGGUUUUCCGAGGAUGACGUGGAGGCUUCCAGAAUGACAUUGUACCGGUAUGGAAACACUUCUAGCAGCUCCAUAUGGUACGCGUUGGCUUACGUGGAGGCAAAAGGUCGCGUGAAGAAAGGAGACCGGGUUUGGCAGAUUGCAUUCGGGUCGGGUUUCAAGUGUAAUAGUGUCAUCUGGUGUGCUAUGAAGAGUGUUGAUUAUAAAGAUGGUACUAAUCCUUGGAUAGAUGAAAUUGGUGGGUUUCCAGUGAAUUUGGGGGAUUGUGAACCACUUCCUAUCUAUUUUGAACCUUCUAAUUAAUAUGUAUUUGAGCAUGAAUCAAUAAACUUAAUUAAUUUACUGUUUUAA